GAGAGAGAGAGAGAGUGAGAUGGAAGAGGGUAGGGGAACAGUUUGUGUAACUGGUGGAACAGGAUAUGUCGCUUCUUGGCUGAUUAUGAGGCUUCUUCAGCAUGGUUACUCCGUUCGAGCUACGGUUAGAUUCAAUCCUGCAGCUGAAAGCAAGAGAGAUAUCAGCUACCUAACAACCCUACCAGGAGCAUCGGACAGACUCCAAAUCUUCCAUGCAGAUCUCAACCAACCUGAGACUUUUGAUGAGGCCAUCCAAGGCUGCACCGGAGUCUUCCACCUUGCUCACCCUAUGGACAUUGAUAACAAAGAGCCAGAGGAAACUGUGACCAAGAGAGCCCUAGAAGGAACCCUAGGUAUUUUGAAGGCAUGCCUGAACUCCAAGACUGUGAAACGCAUCGUUUACACUUCUAGUUUGGCAGCAAUAUUGUUCAACAGCAAAGGUUUAAGUGAAACUGAUGAAAAUACAUGGAGUGAGAUCGAUAUCUGCAAAAGCAGCGGUCUUGUAGGCUCUUCUUACUUGGUUUCUAAGACUGUGGUGGAGCAGACGGCUUUGGAGUUUGCAGAAAAACAUGGAUUGGAUGUUGUCACUGUGAUUCUUCCCAUAGUUGUUGGACCCUUCAUUUGUUCAAAUAUUCCUUCUUCGGUGUACAUGGGAAUGGCUCCCAUUUCUGGUAACCAGGAUCUAUGUAAGUAUCUUAUUAACACAUAUAUGGUGCACAUAGAUGAUGUAGCAAGUGCACAUAUCUAUCUUCUGGAGUACCCUAAUGCAAAAGGAAGGUACAUUUGUUCGUCAGUGCAAACAUCGAUUCAUGAAUUAUAUGAAUUUCUUCCUCCAAGAUACCCCGAACUUCAAAUACAAAUACCAGAUUACUUAAAGGAGGUCAAAGGUUACAAAGGAACUAAGGUCUCUUCAAAGAAACUGUUGAAUACUGGAUUCGAAUUCAAAUGCGGCCUUGGUGAAAUGUUUGAUGGCGCUGUUCAAUCCUACAAAGAGAAGGGUUUUCUUUAAUUCAUGUUUUGUACAAGUAAAUAUGCAUUGUAAUUUGUAGUCAAUACUCCCCUGCGAUGUGUGAAUAACCAGUUUUA